UAUACAUAGUCAGAGGUAGAUACUAGGUAAACUGUAAAUAGUACAAACUUACAAUUUAAGAUAAGGUAACCCAAGAAGCUGCAGUCACUUUGACAGUUCGUAAUUAUUGAAUUUUUUUACUUCGUGUAAACAAUAGUUUAAAUACAAUUUAAUUAUUAUUAUUUAUGUAUUAACGAUAAGUGAAACAUAAUAUAUUAUAAAUAUAUUUAUUUUUACAAUAACGAAAUUCGGAGGGUGUAAUUGCAGUAAUUUAAUGCAAGUUAAUAACAAAAAACUGGUCAAACAAGUUACAAUAUUUUAUAAUGGAAGAAAUAGCAGUACACCCAGUGGAAGAAAUUGUUAUAAAGUGCGAAGUUAUUGAAAUAUCUGAUGAGGAUGUAGAUACACAAGAACCGAAAAAGAAACGUCGUAAACGAAUCACUCCGAAGGAACCGCAGCCCUGUGAUAUUUGUGGUAAAACUUUCCAAACUGGCUAUGAGCUUAAGAAACAUAAACGAACACACACAGGCGAACGUCCAUACAUGUGUACGACUUGUGGGAAAACAUACACACAGCUCGGACAUCUAAGUAUCCAUAGUUUAUCACAUAAAGGUAUUAAAAAUUUUAAUUGCAACGAAUGCGGGUCGUCUUUUUACAGAAAAGCAGACUUGGACAGACACGAAAAGAUCCACACGGGCGAGAAACCAUUCCAGUGCGAAAUAUGUUCAAAAAGUUUCACACAGAAAAACAAUUUGGUGAUGCAUUUCAAAAUGCACAUCGGUGAUAAACCCCACAAGUGCGAAGUUUGCAGCAAAAGAUUCUUGACGAGAAGCAAAAUGAUGUUGCAUUCGAAGAAACAUGACAAAGAGAAGAAAAAGAAACACGACUUCUUGGGUCAUAUUUAAUUUUGGCGGGAAACAAGUGUCAUUGGAGCUGUCAAAUUAUAAAUUCGGAUUUUUUCGGAAAUCGUCGGCCGUUAUCGGAACGUCGUUUUCGAAUGUGCAAAACAAAUUGUUGUGUCUUAUGAAAUCAGGAGGACAUUUAACGUUACGCAUGUGCGAUACAAAUCAUAUAUAAAUACAAUAUUUAUAUAUUGGUAUUAAAUUUGAUAUCUAUGUAUCGGAGACCACAUAUAUAUUCGAAUAUCCGCAGAUAUUGGUAUAUAUUGAAUGUUCGAUAUCGUUGCAAAUGUCAAUUGUCAAACGAAGUACGCGGGAACGCGAAUAGGAUUAAAAAAUAAAUAAACAAUAUUAAAACUUUGUGCGUUGUUAUUGAGCUGAUAUACGAUUUUUUUAACAAAGGUGUAUAUCGAUAUUUUUUUGUGGAAAUAUCAAACUCGGAUAUUGAUGUUUUUAAAAAUAUCAAGUCCUAAACGCGAAUCGUAUUUAUGAAUCGAUAUUUAAAUAUUUGUAACUGUAAGAAAUCGAUUUAACCUUCUCCAUAAAUAAAAACAAAGCUUAAAAUAAAAGUCUUUAUUAACAAACAUAUUAAAAUAUAUUUUUUUUAUACUGGAUAAAACCGAACGUCAAAAACAGUAAAAUAAGUAUCGAUACACGCCAGAAAAAAAAAACUGAUAUCAUCUAGUACCGGAUUUAUUUUCAGAGUAAGGUCCUCCGGACCGAUUUCGGGCACGGCGACCAAUUUCCAAAGAGAUUAGCCAACUACUGCUGCUUGGUACCGAUAGAUGGCGCUGUAUUGUCGAGUUAUUAUUAUAUUUAUUUAUUAUCUGUAUAAAUAAAAAAAAAUUAAGUGUC